AGACACGUUCAGGGGACACCUUAGACUUAUAUUACAUCCUGUGAAAAAGGGUUCUAGGGCACCUUUAAUGCAUUAACGAAUGUGAACUAAUGGAACUUUAUUGUAAAGUGUUACCAAUUUUUCAUCAGUUACAUGAUGAUUGUAUUGAAUUGUAGACUUGGAUAAAUAAACUUGAAUGUCUAAUAGUUGAAAACUGUUAAUGUGGGCAUUAUUUAGCAGUGCUGAGAUCAGCACAGACUGGUGUAGAUGUGUGUGUUUAGUGUGAGUAAAGAUCUCGAUUGCGUCACUGCAGAUGUUUUUAAGAGGAUGGAGAGACAAAAAGAGAGAAGUAAAUACUUUAUCGUUCCUGUAGCUACUACUUCACACAGUUUUUAUCUUUUAUAAAAGUGUUAAGUCAGAGCCUUCUCAGCAUGUGGAGCUUUCUAGGUGUCCUGUCCUGCAUAUUUACAGUGGUGUCUUUGAAUCCUGUAACUGCUCCAGUGGGAGGGAACGCCACAUUUCGGUGUUCUCAUUUUCUGGCCAGAGGAAACAUCAAAUAUUUCUGCAGAAACUCUUGUGAGGAUGAGUUUAUUCUCAUUCGAUCUAAUAAAAAACAAAACACGACUCGCACAGACAGAUUCACUCUACAUGAUGAAGGAUCAGACUUCACUGUGACCAUCACACGCCUGCAGCUUUCAGACUCUGGCACUUACCUCUGUGCAGUGGACAGAUUUCUUUUUGACACUUACAAAUAUGCAACUCUUCAUGUAUUUGAGGUCUCUGUAUCAACACCGGUUCCAGCAAGUGCAUCCAGUCCACAUGCAAGAACAACUACUAGAGACAACACAACUAGAGACACAACUAGAGACACAACAGGUCCUUUGUUAUAUGUCGGAGUUGGUCUUGGUAUUCUCGCGCUGAUUUUUACAGUCGUCGUCUUCAUAUUUAUCCAGCUGAAGUAUAAGCAGAAGCGAUGCUCCUCCAGUGUGACAUCAUCUAGACAUCAGCCCGACUCUCUGAAUCACUCCACACUGAACAUCACUGCACAAUCAGACAGUCUCAACUACUCCUCUGUGCUGUUUAUCAGAAAACACAACUGCACUGUGAAGAACAGCGACACGUUUGAAAUGAACCUGAAUGAAACACUUUAUUCAUCUGUUCAAACUCGACUCCAAUCAAACAUCACUGAUCCAAACUCAGUAAUCUAUUCCAGAGUUAGUAAAGGACUGUAGAUUAGCUCAAUCUGACAAGUGCGCUUUUAAUUUAGAUUUUAAAUCAUUUCUGUUGUCUGCAUGAAUGGUUUUAUACAGUACAAUCAACUACAUGUCAGUAUGGCAGUUUCCCCCAUCAGUUAGGGGCAUUUAAAUGUGUGAUUAGCCAUUUUUGGAUGUUAAAAUAUAUUCUUGUUUCCCAAUUAAAGUGCAGAAACUAUAAGCCAAACAUCUCAAUUUCGAGAUUUGUGAAUAAACUUAAGUGUACAACACACCUGAAAAGUAAAUAUUAAAUUUACUGUAAGCAUCUCAGUGUUUACGUAAGAGAUAACUUAGUGCUUAAAAUGGUUCACCAAUGCUUUUUGGAUGAAAUUAUGGGGUAUAAAGUAUAUACAAAGUAUAUAAAUUAUAUGUACUAUAGCUUUUUUUUUUUUUUUUUAUAAAUAUAACUUCACUGUAUUCAUUAUACAGUGAUUACACAGCUUGAUUAUACUUGAGAAGAGUUUUAAAGUCAGUUUAAGUACUUUAAUAAGGUUAAUUGUAUCGUUCAAUAAGAGUAUGAAAAAGUUUCUUUGAUAUUAUGAAAUAUUUCAUACUUCUGAGUAACUGAAUUAAUUUCAGGUUGUUCGUUCAGUGCCUCAAUUGUUGCUUGAUCAAACAAUUAAAAUCAUACAAUUAUAAAUUGCAGUAAUUUAAAAUUGUCAUUGCGUAACAAAAUUUCAAAUCAAGUGGUAUUUUUUUUCAAGAAACUUGCAACUGAUUAAAAGAUUUUGAGUGAAAUUAGUGAAGAGAAAAGAUCCUGCAGAGUUUGAUAUUAUAUUAACAUUUUCAGUGUGAGUGAAGUGUCUAAAUACUUUCUGAGAACACAUAAAAAUAACACUGAAACAUUGUUCUGAGCUAAAGCUGUGGUUAUAUUGUUUUAACAUGCUGAAAAAUUUGUUGAGAUAUUUUAGGACAUGGGAAUGGAUGUGGAGAUUAAGAGGAAGGAGAAGUUAAGCGUUGCACCAUACUGUGUGUCAGCAUGUUAGAAAGAGACAUUUGUCAGUGUUUAAGGAUUUUAUUUAGUCAAAAACUGCCGUAAAUCUUCACCAUGUGGAACCGUAUUCUUCUUCUCUGGUCCUGCAUUCAUAUCACUGUUGUUGUAGGAACUCCAGGUCCAGUUACAGGACACAGAGGAGAGAGAUUUGAGAUCAGAUGCUCAUAUAAAUCUGGAUAUGAAUCAAAUUCGAAGUAUUUUUGCAAAGGCAAGUGUACGAUUGGAAUUAAAAACAUCAUGAUUAAAUCAGGAUCUCCAGCUAAAGACAAGAGAUUUUCUCUGACUGACGACAAGACGAACAAAGUUUUCACCGUCACCAUCACUGAUCUGAGAACAGCAGAUGAAGGCCAAUACUGGUGUGCUGUGAAGAGGGCUUUUGCUCCUGAUGUCUAUUCAAAGAUUUUGUUGCUGGUAAAAGAGGAUAAGAAGACGACUGAGGUUUCGACUAUCAGCCCAUUUUUUUCUACAAGCACAUCAGCUCCAUUGACUCCUCAAACCCCUUUACCCCAAACUUCUUCUCCUGACACAGGUUCAUUUGGUAUCAUCAUCGCAGGGGUUUUGGUUUUUCUCCUGAUAGGUGCUGUAUUGCUUAUUGUGGCCAUACGAAAGAAAAAGCAGACUCAUGGUCCGGUCUCCUCCUCCACUGAAGGGCUUCAUCUGACAUUAGGAAAUGGAGAAGAGAAUGAAUAUGAUGAAGGGAACCCGACUGUCCUGCCGAACUCAUGCACAGCUCAAAGUGAUAAUAUUUCUGCAGAAAAUGAGUUUCACAGACCUGUGAACACAGAACCAGCCAACUCAGUGACAAACAGUCAGAAUCUGGAUCAGAUCUACACAGAACUCAACGCCAGUAGACAGAGUGACAUUUAUCAGUGUCUUACAGCUGAUUCUGCUCAAGAGUUGAUCUAUCACAACACUGAUUGAACAACUGACUGAACACUAACACCUUAUCAGUCAGACUACACCAUAUUUUUGUCUGUUGUGACCCACUCUUGACUCAUAAAUUCUUGUCAUGUAGUGGAAAAGAAAUAUGUCAGACUCUGCGUUGCUUCCCAACCAACCAUUGCUUGUCUUUAUAUGUGUGUGAUGUCAUUGAGAAAGCGAAACUAGCGACUGACUUCCAGAAAUGAGCGUAAACAAACCAUGGCUACUGAAGCGGUGUGUAUUAGCUUAAUGCUAAUUCCAGUUGCUGAAGUGUCUUUGAUAUCAUUCGCCAGCAUUUAUCAUCUUUAUUUUUUUGUUUUUGUUGGAAGUCUCUUGAAGAAACAUCAUAAAGGCAGGAGUAUUGUUUCUCAAACAUUUCCCCCAUUGCAUAAUUCCACCUAGCAGCACCAACUGUCUCUCUUUCAUUUCACCAUGUUUGAAAGCCGUGUACAGAAGAGCUUCUGUGCUGCUCUUGGUCAACAUCCCAGGUGUGAGAGAACCUGUUGUAGAGGACUGAAAAUUUAAACAUGCUAGUCUUUCUGUCGGGACGCUGUGAAGUGACGCAGACGCGGCAUUGGUUGUCGUCCACCGUGACACACUAUACAACAUAAAAUGAUUGAUUCUUGUGUCCCGACACUUAUGAAACACCCACAACACUCUACAUCAAAUAGAUCAUGCUAAAAUCAGGCUGAUAUUGUGUAAUUUGAAUCCAGCAUUAUUUUGUUGCAUAUGAAUGUAGUACUAUAUAAUUUGCAAAAUAGUACAGUUUAAGAAAUAUAUGAAUGUAAAUGUUUUUUUGUUUUGUUUUUUCUCUCUCUUUCCUAAACUCAGUAAUUAUAUUGUAAUAUCAGGACAAUGACAUCAUGAUGCUACUAAUUGGCUGUAGUCUCAAACCUCCACUAAUGGCUUUCCUGAACUGUGACAUUAAAGACAGCACACACCUGUAAUAUCAUGACAUUUCUUCAAUUUAAAUGUUUCAACUACAAAAAUACAUGCACUUCAUUUGUUAUUUCAGUCAUUAUAAAGUCUUCAGCAGGUUAAAGUUAGACUCUGCAUCACUUUGCCAUCAUAUUUUGUUGCUGUAACCUCACUGAUUUAAUAAAGAUGUACGGAAGUGUAA